AGAUAGGCAGUGGCCGUCAGUCGGGCACGAAGAACGAGUAGUCGGCGUCCAACCGUGUCAGCGAUUGAGCGAAUUGAAAACGACAGUACGUGGCACGUGACAUAUCAUACAGAAUUACGACGAGGAGCGAUGGGAACGUUUCUACGUUUCCUCGGGAUUUCGUCAUCGGACGAUAACAGGAUCGAUCAGGCGACAGGGUUGACCGAGAGGCAGAAGAAAUUAGUGCAGAACACGUGGGCGGUUGUCAGGAAGGACGAGGUGGCUUCCGGGAUCGCCGUGAUGACCGCAUUCUUUAAAAAAUAUCCGGAAUAUCAGCGAUACUUUACCGCUUUCAUGGACACUCCCUUGAACGAAUUGCCGGCUAAUAAACGGUUUCAAGCUCAUUGUGCCAGCGUAAUUACGGCCUUAAAUAAUGUUAUCGAUUUCUUGCACGACCCAGGAUUAAUGGAGGCUAGCCUAAUCGGUUUGGUCGAGAGGCAUAAAAAACGCGGCCAAACGAAGGAAGAAUUCCAGAACUUGAAGGAAGUAAUGUUGGAAGUUCUUCGCCAAGCGUUGGGGAAGCAAUACACGCCGGAAGUGGCCGAGGCGUGGAACAAAACUUUGGACAUGAUGUUCGCGAAGAUAUAUCAAGUUUUCGCUUCUUGAAGAACG